AUGAUAUGGCUAACACAAACACAGAAAUUCGGAGUGUUUUUCACUUCUGCAGGAACACUUCUCUUUUUGCUAGGAGUGGUGUCACUCUUUGACGCAGGAUUGCUUGCGAUGGCAAACAUCUCCUUCUUGGUGGGUAUAUUCUUGAUCAUAGGAACACAGAAAACUCUCUACUUUUUCAGCAGGCCUCAAAAAAUGCGUGGAACGAUAUGUUUUGCGAUCGGUAUCAUUCUCAUCUUGACGAAGCACUCCUUCUUUGGGUUCGUCAUUGAGACGUUUGGCAUAUUGGCGCUUUUUGGCGAGUUCUUUGCGACCUUGGUGCAGUUCCUCAGAUCGAUGCCUGUCAUUGGACCGUUUUUGUCGCAUCCAAUGGUGGCACCCGUUGUAGACAAGCUAGCCGGAGUCAGGGUCCUACCAAUAUAA